AACAGUUGAGCUUCAAGUACGCUCUCGGCUGGUCGCUGAAAUUUACUGACGAUGGCUCGCUUGAUUACUGGAGCUCGUGGAAUCUUGCGUCGCUACCCAUUUGUGACCAACAGUGCCAUCUACGGAAGCUUGUAUGUGGGGGCCGAGUUCUCGCAGCAGAUUCUGUCCAAACGCUGGCUGGCGCCUGCGGCAGAGCGUGAGGAAAUCGAUUAUGUAACUAUAGGAAGAUACGCAGUGAUGGGUACCGCUGUCUAUGCCCCAACAUUAUAUGCUUGGUAUAAAUGGUUAGAUAAAACCUUUCCUGGUACCACCAAGGCCAUAAUUUUUAGAAAAUUGGUACUGGAUCAAUUUAUACUGACGCCUUAUCUCUUGACAGUUUUCUAUGCGGGCAUGUCCAUCAUGGAGGGCUCUGAGGAUAUUCUUCUGGAAUUGCGAGAGAAGUUCCUGCCGACUUUUGUACGUUCUUGCAUUUUCUGGCUGCCUGCUCAGGUUCUGAAUUUUUCACUGGUCGCUCCGCGCUUUCGUGUCAUCUAUAUGGGCGUUUGCGGGUUGAUUUGGGUUAAUAUUCUCUGCUGGAUCAAGCGACAGAGUUUGUCCACAAUAAUAUAAACAACUUCAAACGAAGUCACACCA